UUCACCUCCCAACUCCAACUUUCACUUUCUUUUCUUCAAUCCCCUCAGUGACACAGAGAGCAGUGCAGCAGACGAGUCGACACUCCGGAACCUUCUCUUCUCUUCUCUGCAAUGGCCGCUGAAGAGGACUCCAUUGAACAAGUAGUUGCAGCACGUCAAGAGAGGCUAAGAGCUCUUAAAGCUGCGCAGGAACUGUUAAACACUCCAGAUGAGGAUUCCUCUCUGGUUGACUCUAAUGCUGACGAAGACAAUGAAACUAGCGAAGAAACCAUGAAAUUCCGAAAUUAUGUUCCUCAUGAUAAGAAGCUUCAGGAGGGAAAGCUUGUUCCACCAGUCCUACCAAAGUUUGAAGACCCUGUUGCAGCAGUAACUUCUCCCUCAGAGAAGAAAGAGGACCCGUUUGUGAAUAUUGCUCCUAAAAAACCAAACUGGGAACUUCGCAGGGAUGUGCAGAAGAAGCUUGAUAAGCUUGAAAGGCGAACCCAAAAGGCAAUGUGUAAACUUAUGGAGGAACAAGAGAAGCAAAAGCAAUUGGAUGAAGAUGGCAGAAAUGGUGCAGAAGACUAGUAUGACCAGCUGCAAAUUGGCAUAAUGUAACGAACGGCAUUAGCAGAUAGAAUGACCAGCUGCAGUUCCAGCCUGGAGCGAUGUGUGGUCUAUGAUUCUCCACCUCAGGAUAUUUGUGAUCUCUGCUUGAUGAUGCUGUUGGUUUUGCUAGGCCUAGGGAUGUUUGUAUUGACAUUGUUUGUUAGUUUUUGUUACUUGGGCUUUUUGUUUACGAAGUUAAUUCUACAUUUGUCCAAAUAUUUACAAUUUGCCCUUCAAAAGUAAAUACCCGUUGUUGAAUCCAAUUAA